CAAAGCCCGUGACGGUCGGGAGGGUCUGAGGACAGCCGGUGCCGCAGUCGGCCUCCACCGUGGAGGUGUGCGACCCCGCGGCGCUUAGCCGCUGGUCCGAUGCCGCGGCGGCCGAGGUCAUGGCUGGCGAGACCUUCCUCGACCGCAGCCUCACAGCCAUCGACUGGCUGCCCCAGCUCAGCGCCAAGAAGACGCUGGAUCAGACGGUGGCCGCGGCGGCGGAGAUGCUGGGCGACGGCCGCAGUCAGAUCGCCCAGGCCGACUCCACCGGCGACAGCCAGCUAGCCAACGGCAAGCCCCCCUACAGCUACGCCAAUUUGAUAUCGAUGGCGAUACAGAGCAGUGCCAAGCAGAAGAUGACCCUGUCAGAGAUCUACGAUUGGAUCACCGAGAAUUUCCCCUACUACCGUGACAUCGUGUCCGGUUGGAAGAAUUCCGUCCGUCACAAUUUAUCGCUCAAUAAGUGUUUUGUGAAGGUGGCGAGAACUAAGGACGACCCCGGCAAGGGCAGCUAUUGGGCUAUCGACCCGCUGCACAGUGCCGACGAAGGCAGCACGUCCAAGAAGCGCAAACACGCCAGCAGCAGGUACACGCCGUACCAGCCGCCGCCGCCGCCGCCGCCAGCACCGGCGCCAGCGCCACAGAAGCUAGUGCCGGUAACCGUGCUGCCGUCCGAGUCCGGCGACGCUGCCGCCGCCGCCGGCUUCCCGCAGCUGAGCUCCGACCAGAGCGAGUCAGACCCACUCUGGGUGGUGGACCAGUGGCAGCCGGAGCCGGCGCCGCCCGUCACCGCCGCCGCCGCCGAGCUGGCCGGGCCCAGCCUGGCCGUGAACACCAGCGAGAUCAACGCCACGCUGGAGACUCUGCAGUCGCUGCUGUGCCCGUCCGACCUGGCGCAGGUGAUCGCGCACAACGCGCAGGACUUCCCCGACGGCCUGGCUGCGCUGCUGGCGCCGUACGGCCUGCAGAGCCCGCAGUCGGCCAGCGCAUUUCAGGCGUACCAGCCGGAGCAGACGGUGCCCGAGCCGAGCCCACUGCCGUUCGAGUCGGCCGCCGAGUCGGGGCCGAGCGCACAGCUCGUGCAGGCCGAAGCCAGCCUCGGCUCCAGCUUCCUCUCCUCGUCGCUGUCGCUGCGCAACCACGGCUCGGGCGCGACGGUUACCAUCAACGAGGUGCCGGAGGCGGCGGCGCCGUCCGGACUCAAGAUCGAGCGCGCCCAGCUGCAGAGCCUGACCACGCUGUGCACGGACGUCAGCAGCUCGACGCCGCUGCAGCCCGAGGUGGCCGACGACUUUGAUGUCGACUACGACUGGGACUCGCUGCUCUGA